AGUCAUUUAAUCUGGAUGUGCUGGCUGAGCCUGGUCUGUAUUGGCUGCUUAGUGCCGGCUUCAAAGAAAGUGUCGGACUCUGAGGAGGAGGAGGAUGAUGAUGAAAUAGGUCCGAAACCUUUCAACCCUACAGCUGCUGGCCUCUCACAGAAAGAUUUUGGUAAAGCAUUGUUACCGGGAGAGGGUGCCGCAAUGGCCGCCUAUAUUGCGGAAGGAAAGAGAAUCCCUAGAAGAGGUGAGAUCGGUCUUACACCAGAUGAAAUCGUACAUUUUGAGGACCAGGGUUUUGUCAUGAGUGGAAGCAGACAUCGUCGUAUGGAAGCUGUGCGUUUACGUAAGGAAAACCAGAUUUACAGUGCUGACGAGAAACGAGCCUUGGCGACAUUUAAUCAUGAAGAGCGGGCGAAACGAGAGACAAAAAUUCUGUCGCAGCUGCGUGAAAUGGUCAGGAAAAAAAUGGAAGCGCGAAAAUAGUAUACCGAACAUAAGUGACGAUAAGUUGAAUAAUGUAUGCUUCACAUUAUCAGGGAAAAAUUGGAAAAUAUAUUCUGUCAGAAUACAAACAGCAUAGUGUAUGGUUUGAUUCAGAGAGGAACAUGGUCGGGCAUAUGUGUUUGAAUAUUAUUCUGUGUAUGUGUUGAAAAUGAAUUAAUUGCAUUUUAAGUGUAGAGGAAUGACAGAUAAUGAGUAACUGAUGGAUUAUGAAUUGUUCACUCAGGUUUUAAUACAUCAAGAUUGUUCUUUUCAAUGAAGCAGCAAUUAGGUUAUCUGAUUGACUGUCAUAAUUAGACACAUUAUUAACACCAGUGUAGUAUUGACCAUUUUAAUGGACAUAAUUGUGUAUGAUGAAGUUAAGAGUUUAUUUAGGUUAUACACCUUAAAUUUUGUUUUGAUGACAUGGCUUGAGAAUUGUAUGACUUUUACAUUGUGAAUUUUUAGGUGAAAGUGAGAAUCAGUUAUAAAUAAUCAUGAAAUGUUUGGUUGAAUUCAGUCAAAUUAUAAAUAUAAAUCAGUGUUUAUACUCAUCAUGUAUAUAAAUAUGACUGUAUCAUAUGAUAGGUACUUAAAAUUUAUGUAAAAUUUGAUUGUCAAGUUUUCGGACAGGUUCAGACAAAAUGUUUGUUGAAAUCAUGAUUUCAGACAAAAUGUUUGUUGAAAUCAUAUUGAGUGGUCGUACGUUUAUUUCAACUGUUAAUUUAUUGAUCUACAUUUGACUUGUAUUCAAGUUCAUAUAAUUCUAUAUUUUCUUUAUAGAUCUGUAAUGUUACAAAGAAUUAUGUAUGCUUUAGAAAACGUAACACAAUCUGUAAUGUUAAAAAUAAACAUAAAUGCUUCUGAAAAUAUAAUAAAUUCAUGCUAGGAAUAGCAUUGAGACUUGAUUGGUGUAAAUAAUAGAUGAGAAAAUGAAUCUUGACAAUGUUUUAUCCUGAUACAAAAAGAGAAACAAUGUGUGAAAUACAUGUAUCUCUUGCAUAUCAUAAUUAAAGCAUUUUGUCAUCAAUUUAACAUUUUGUACAUGAUUUUGUUAUUGGUAAUAUGCCCAAAUAAACUAUUUUUGUUCAA